GAAGCUGUCAUUGUAAUGUUUUCAUGGAUGUGUUUUCAAUGGACAUUGAUGAUACGUCAGCUGAACUAUGAAAUGUCUCACUUGUGCAUAGCGUGAGGAGAAGCUUUUUAUUUUGCUGCCAUGCACAUGGAACUACAGUAACUGUCGCUAACCGUAAGUUAAAGUAACCGCCGAGAAUUUAGUACUAAAAUAGGUAAAUAUUCUUGUAGCAAGUUCAAUGUAGCUUUUAUCCAGGUUCGCUCUCGCUAUGAAGGUAUAACCUGCCAUAAAUAAGUUGAUGUUUAACAUGGAAGUCACAUAUUACUGCGAGUUCGGGGUCAUCCUUAACUGUUGAUUUUGAAAAACUCUCUUUCGUAAUACAAGAAAGGCAGAUGUGGACCAGUUCGCCUUCUUGAUCUGGACUGAGCUGAAACACACCUGGCAUGAUCAUUAUGGCGGUAUUUGGAGCAAGAGCAGUCCUUCUAAACCUGAGGUCCACUUUCCAGAGAGCAGGCUCCCUUCCCAGAAUCAGACUCAUCCAGAACUCCAGGACAUGUCUAGUAAAGAGAGGGCAGAUUUUAUCAAAGGUACCCAAGGUUACACUGCUAUGUUGGGGUGCAGUCAGUGUGUCAUUAUCCUCUGCAGCCAGAUGCCAGGAAGCCACUCUUCCAUCCCGAACCGCUCACAGGAAGUCUCUAGCCAAAGUCCAAGUGCACAAACUUGUGUUUUUCCUCCGCCUCAGCCUUCGUGCCUUGGUGCUUCUCCUCAAAUUUGGCCCCCUUCUCCUCCUCUCCCCCUUAACUCUGUUAUCCACUCGCUGGGCCUCUCGCUGGCUGGACGCUCUGCUGUGGGUGACUGAAUCUUCUGGUCCCACUUUUAUUAAGCUGGGGCAGUGGGCCAGCACCAGACGGGACAUCUUCCCUCAGGAGUUUUGUGAACGCUUCUCCAGGCUCCACGUUAAGGUCCGCCCUCACUCUUGGGCCCACACCAAGCAGUGUCUCCGGAGGGCCUUCGGGGAGGGCUGGAGGAGGGUGUUUGUGUUUGAGAGUAAAGAGCCGGUGGGUUCAGGAUGUGUGGCCCAGGUGUACCGUGGCUGGGCCAAGGCGGACCAGGUGGAGGAUCCAGCCUUCCAGUCUCUGGUGGAGGAGAUGGAGAAAGAGGACCUGCUGGAAGCAUGGGAGAUACCUGGUCUGGGAGGAGUGGCAAGCUCUCUGUGGCAGCUCUGGAAGGGGAGUAAGGAGGAAGAUGGCUAUGAGGAGAGGAGUGAUCCAGUUUGGCAGCAUGAGGAGAGCAGCACAGAAAAGGACCAUCUGAUACCUGUCGCUAUCAAGGUGGUCCAUCCAGGCGUCAAGAGGCAGGUAGAGAUAGACCUGCUGCUGAUGAAAACAGGCAGUUGGCUCCUGCACUGCCUGCCUGGACUCAAAUGGCUCAGUCUGUGUGAGAUAGUAGAGGAGUUUGAGAAGCUCAUGACCAAACAGAUUGACCUCCGUUUUGAGGCCAAGAACAUUGAGCGUUUCCGGGAUAAUUUCCGCGAUGUGGAAUAUGUCAAGUUCCCAACUCCAUUAAGACCAUUUGUCACCAGGACUAUUUUAGUGGAAACAUUUGAAGAGAGUGAGCCCAUUUCUAACUACCUGAGCUCCAAGAUUCCUCAGGAGGUGAAGCAGAGAAUAGCCAGGAUGGGAGUAGACACUCUGCUGAAAAUGGUAUUUGUGGAUAACUUCGUUCAUGGGGACCUCCAUCCCGGGAACAUCUUGGUCCAGUGUCGAGGGCCUCUUGCUGGUUCCAGUGACAGUACUGGUGCCACAGGGGAGGCCCAAGGUAAAACGACCCUCACUGACCUGUGGGACACUGUGGUGGUCAGUGUCAGACCAGACCCGUGUCCUUUCCAGUUGGUGCUGCUGGACGCCGGCAUCGUAGCCCAGCUCAGCAACCAUGACCUCACAAACUUCAAGGCUGUCUUUACAGCUGUGGUGCUGCGUCAGGGUGAGCGGGUGGCAGAGUUGAUCCUGCAUCACGCUCGGGCCAACGAGUGCCAGGACGUACCUCAGUUCAAGAAGGAGAUGUCCCAGCUGGUGGACAAUGCCCUCAGCAACACCCUCUCUCUGGGAAAGAUUCAAGUGGCUGACUUGCUCUCCAGAGUUUUUAGUCUACUCAUCAAACACAAGGUGAAGCUGGAGAGUAAUUUUGCAUCCAUCGUGUUUGCCAUCAUGGUGCUGGAAGGCCUGGGCAGGUCUCUGGAUCCCAACUUGGACAUCCUGGAGCUGGCCAAACCCAUGCUGCUCAAGAACUGUGCCUCACUGCUCUGAUACGCACAUGCAUGUACACACAUACACACAGCUGAACCACAACAGAUCAAACACACACAGGUACAAAGCCUUGUAUACUGUAUACAAACUUAGGGUACAUACAUAUAUGUGUAUAUCCUCCCAACGCCAUGGUAAUGCCAUGGCAGGAUACGGCACACGGUCUGUCUUCAAGCUUACGAUGCUCACUACAUUUCAGCAGUGUUGAUGACAUAAAUACCUCAUUGAGUUUUACAUUGGUGGAUACUUCCACUUUCAUCACAGUUACUCUUGAAUAUUAGCACUUACUGUCUGGUCGGACUAAACGUUCACCCACUUAUAUCAAAUAUAAGGCACCUCUAACUGAAUCUAAUGAAAGAGAGCAGAUGUGCUUUACAUGAGGCACCAUUUGAGUGCUAAUGGAUGAGUCAGACACAUCAGCAAACACACAGAUGGCGAACAUCCCUACUUGAAGUUCAAAGGCAUAUUUUUACUUUUUAAUGGCAAAUAUUGAUCUCAGGGUGUCUUUUAUCACUCCAUCUUGUAUUGCAUCUUAGUUUUCUAAUAGGCCACAUUUGCAUUAGUGUGAAUCAUGAUACACUGUAACAUUUGUUCUUAUAAAGUACAUUGACAAUAUGAAGCCAUUGGCUAAUUGUAAUUACAACUGACCUUUUAGUUGUUUUAACUUUCCAUUAAAAUAGCGGGAACACUUAUACAUUUCAAUAAAAAAAAGGGAAUCUAUACUAA